AAUGUCGUGCAGCCAUUCAAACUUCAGAGAAAAGCAGAUGUCCCGGAAGGAUCUUCAGCACCUCUCUUGUCACUCGUUUCUUUCUGUAGUCAAACUAAAGGGACGCCAAGGUCACCAAGAAUUAAAGAAGUAGCUAGCUUGGUAUUCUCUACACUGAAAUGUCAUAGAUGGAACGCAUGAUGACGACAGUAAAACGUCUGAAACGUGGAUAGAUGGAUCCUGUAUCAAGCACAUGGUGGGAUCAUACACAUCUUUUUGUCCUCUUACAGAAUGAGCGUCCUAUUUUUAGACAUGUAUUUGUCAAUGCCUACAAAUCAUGUUAACCUCUAUAAGAAAACUACCUGCGUUUGUGCUUAAACUUUACAGCAUACCUUUCAUUGUGUGCAUACUUGGUACGUCAGAGGUAUUUACUUCCUAGUUUCACAUGUCGGCAAUGCAUGGUUCUGUCACACAACAUAUAAUGUGUAUUUACCUAAAGCGUUCGACAGUUAAUUAACAUGGGACAUGGGAGACAGUGUCUGCUGGUAAUCAUUGCCGUGAUCACAGGAGGGUGCCAAGUGUGCAGCCAGGAACCUUGUGAUACGUACACUGAAAUUUCUGUGGAUUCCAGGCGGCUACCGACUACAAACAAAGCUGACGUAAGCGAUGUUCUUUGUGAUAUUCUCAUCAGCCAGGGAUGGCACAGGUUCGUUGGGACCGUUGGUACUGACCUAUUCAAUGACACCGUAGCUAGCUCCUAUUGUGGAACCUCAAAUCCCCUCUGGAUGACAGGGUCCAUUCCUUCCACGUCUGACGGUGUUGUUAGCCGUACCGUCUGCAUGUCGUCUGUAUUCACCAACUGUCAAUCCUCCCUCACAAUCCAAGUAAAGAACUGCUGUUCGUAUCGUGUGUAUUACCUCCAACCUCCGGCAUUAUGCCCAGCAGCAUACUGUAUUAGCCCAUAUAUGGGAAAUGACGUAUGUGUGGAUAACACCACACCUACAACAUCAGACAACACAAUGACGUCAGAACUAACCCAAUCAGCAUCUACAUCAACGACAACACAGGCGGGGACAUCCAGUUUGUCUACAACGGAGGCAGAAACGCCUUCAUCUAGUUCAACACAAACAACUAUAACGUCUACAACUUACCAGUUGACUACAACACAACCUGAAGGUAAAGACAUAGUUUUCAUAACAUCUGUCUUAGCAGAUCUACAAUCGCUCGUGCAUGAUCUCGUAUCGUGUUAUUUUGUUUCCUUGUCAUCAGCACAAUGAUAAUGUUCAACUUACAUGUAUAACUGAUAAACUGUACAUUAUUCAGAUACCAUAAAAUAUCUUUUGGAUAUUUUUAAACCUUCAAAUUAAUCUUUCAUAAUCUAUUUAUAUGACCAUAACUCUGUUGCCAUAAUAAGUAAUUAUACUUUUGAAUUAUGGACAUGUUUGAAGUUAACUAUUCAUGGUUCUCUACUGUCAGCGAACAUUUGACCCAGAACACGUAUUGUUGACUAAUACUAGUGAUUACAUGUUACUGAUAUACUUAUACACACUGCUUUACUUUUUAUUUGCAUUUUGCAUUAUAUUAUGAACUUACAUAUCGUGCUUAAUCCUUUUAUUUGCAUUAUAUACUCAUGUACUUAUAUAUGGUACUUAAUCCUUGAUUUGGAAAACCCCAGCAUUAUUAUUAUAUUUCUUGUGUUCAUAAUAAUUUUCUUAAUUAUCUUUCAGGAUUUUAUAACUUUAAGUUUCCGUAUAAUAAACUUCACAUUUAUCAUAAAUUAUGAAAUAAAUUUAAGAUUUUUAACAUUUAUUGUAUCCUCUUCAGGUGUUGCGGGAAAGCGACUGCUUGAUGGUUAUAACAAUUCAUU